AUCCUGGGUUUCGGCACCAAAUGUGGCAGACUUCUGCCUUUCCUGUGAAGGAGGAGCCAGGGCCCACCUGGUCUAAAAGGUGACAAGGGUGAUCAAGGCGACCAGGGACCGCGGGGACUUCCUGGACUACCCACCCUGGCUGCAUUACACAGCAAUCAAAUCCUGACUGUGAAGGGUGACCAGGGUCAAGCGGGGCCCCCAGGACCUCCUGGGCCUCCAGGCCCCCCUGGCCCAAGGGGACCCCCAGGAGACACAGGCAAAGAUGGUCCACGGGGAGUCCCAGGGCUCCAAGGAGACUCUGGAAGUCCAGGGGAGAUCGGUCAAAUGGGACCUGAGGGCCCUCCAGGAGCAAAGGGUUCCAUUGGGCCAUCUGGUAUUCCAGGUAUUGAUGGAAUAAAGGGAGAUAUGGGUACGCCAGGAUUAGAUGGAAUCCCUGGUGGCAAGGGUGAAAGUGGUGAACGGGGUGAAAAGGGAGACAUGGGAGAGGAUGGGCCGAAAGGUGACACUGGAGACAAGGGUGAUUCAGGAUCCUCUGCCGCUGGCAUCAAGGGUGAGCCAGGCCAGCCAGGACGUGGCGGACAAAAGGGUGAGCCAGGACUUCCAGGGCUGCCUGGACUUCCCGGGAUUAAGGGUGAACCUGGUUUCUUUGGCCCUCAAGGUGAGCCUGGGCUACCAGGCCUGCCAGGAACAAAGGGAGAAAGAGGAGAAUCAGGGCCGCCAGGCAAGGGUGAACAUGGAGAAACAGGCCCAGCAGGGCAGAAGGGGGAGCAGGGAGAAUCAGGAAUACCAGGCUCUAAAGGUUCAAAGGGGGAUAGAGGAGACAAAGGAGACGUCGGCCCAACAGGACCACAAGGUCCAUCUGGGGAGAAAGGUGACCAAGGUACAACUGAAAUCAUAGACUACAACGAAAACAUCCAAGAGGCUCUUCAGAAGAUAACAACUAUUACAGUUACGGGUCCCCCUGGGCCUCCUGGGCCAGUUGGACCAAAGGGAAUCAAGGGGGAUGAGGGUGUCCCUGGACUGCCUGGGCUGGAUGGAGAAAGGGGUCACAAGGGCUCUAAAGGGGACAUGGGAAUCACUGGAAUAUCAGGAGACAAGGGAGCAAUGGGUCUCCCUGGCUUGCCGGGUGUGAAUGGCCUUAAAGGAGACAAAGGAGACGCCGGCUUGCCUGGCCAUCAGGGACCCUCGAUAAUCGGACCCCCUGGCGCGCCUGGGACUCACGGACCACCUGGCCCCAUGGGUCCUCAUGGACUCCCUGGACCAAAGGGGGAACCAGGUUUGCAUGGUCUCAAGGGAGCACGUGGGGAGCCUGGGCAUAAGGGUGACAGAGGACCCCUCGGUCUCCCUGGAGCAUCUGGCUUGGAUGGCAAGCCAGGACCCAGGGGAAUGGAUGGGCCAGUUGGCGCUCCUGGUCCUGCAGGUCCGAAGGGAGAUAUAGGUGAGAAGGGUGAUGUUGGUGAUCCUGGAUCCAGAGGACCAUAUGGAUUACCUGGAGCUGCUGGAACUCCUGGAAUGGAUGGGGAGAAGGGAAAGAAAGGCAAAAAGGGGCCUAAGGGGGAGAAAGGAGAACAGGGUGCCCCUGGAUUAGAUGCACCCUGCCCAUUGGGUCCAGAUGGACUUCCGAUGCCAGGCUGUUGGCAGAAGUGAUCACUCUAACUCAAAAUGCAUGGAGUUUGUACAUAGCGCAUCACUUUUUUGUAUUUAUAUUUUUGUUAAUUAAAAAACAUUAUCAUGUGAAUUAAAUAUAAAUGAAAGUGGAUAUAGAUGUGUAUACAGUACAUGGGGGAAAAACAAGUCUUGAAGCUUACACGUAGCUGCUUCCACUCACACCCGCGUGUUCAUGGCAACCUGUGUUACAUUCACAUCAACAAUGUGGAAUUUGAACUUGACCAGCAAGAGACUUUUAUUCACGAGGAUGUGAUUUCCCAGCUUUGCAUGGCCAUUGAAAUGAGAGUGGAUACCAAAACAGACUAACAGGGUUAACUGAAAAGUUGGAGGGAAAGCUAUGAGAAACAGGUGACCGAGGGAUCUCGAGAGGAUCUUGGCAUGCUUAGUGUGUUCAUCUAUAAAUCUAUCUCCACACCAUUACUACCAGCUCAAAAGACUAAAGACUCCAUCCACACACCCCGAAACAAGCAUGACGACAACUUGAACUUGUAUGUAUACACUAUGUAAAUCACUUUGUGGUGUGGUCAAACUGUAUGGCUUCAAAUCACUAACUGCCUGUCAGUCUUUGCCACUUUGAAACAAAAAAAGAUGUGUUCCUCUAAGCAGGUUUCAUUGUUCCUUUGUUUGUUUUUUCCACCUUAUGAAGGGUGUCACGCCUUGGCUGGUGGCUUGAGAAAGUGAUUCUCAAGAAAAGUGGAAAUGCUGGUUUACUUUAUUGUAAAGAGGUUAGUCAGGAUCUGUCUCUCAGCCCUGAGUGACCACUUACAGACUCACAUUAUCAGAAGGACAGAAGAUGGAUACAUUGUAUUGUCUACGCCCACACCUGAGUACACUAGGCAAAUUAUCGUUUUUCCAGAUGUGUUAAACACAGAUUUCCUUGUGCAGGAAAUCACUAUGUUCACCCCUUCACCAGUAAAUCCAUCUUUUUGUAGCAAGGAGCUACACAUCUACUGAGAAAGGCAGGAUGGUAUUUUUACAUUAUUAUUAUAAUUUUUUUAUUAUUAAUGGAAUAAAAAUGAAAACCAUGUACCCAUCAUCUUGUUGUUCCAAAUGCGUAUGGCUUUUUCCCCCAUAAAAGUAAUCCAUAUUACUCAAGUGAUUAAAUCCAUAUCUUUAGAAGUGAUAUGAUAGGUGGGGGGUUAGAAACAGAUAAAUAUUUAAAAAGUCCUUUUUUUUUACUUUAAAUAUCCACUUAAACUUUCACAUCUGAAAGUCACGUCUGGCGCCUGUUUAAUUUCACUUUCACAUCUGAAAGUGAAAAUGAAAGUGGCGAUUUAUAGUAAAAAAUGACUUGAGUGUUGUACUGUUUCUCACACACACCAAUCAUAUCACUUCUGAAGAUAUGGGUUUAACCACUGGAGUAAUAUGGAUUACUUUUAUGUUGCCUUCAUAGGUCUGGCCACUGUUCACUUGCGUUGUAUUGACCUACAGUGCUAAUCUUCUAUAAACCUUAAUUUGUGAUCAGCAGAAGAAAGUAAGUCAUACACAUCUGGGAUGACAUGAGGAUGAGAAAAUGAGAGAAUUUUCAUUUUUGCCUGAACUAUACCUUUAAUGGUGACUGAGACUAUCAUUCUACCUAACAUAUCAUUUUGAGCUCCAUGGAGAGGGGAAAAAAGUCAUAUAUAUUUGGAACAACAUCAGGGUGAGUAAAUGAUGACAGACUUUUUUGUUGAACUAUCCUUUUAAGGUGUGUGUUAAUAUUGAAAUUUGCUUUUUGUGUAUUAUAGCCUUUGGUGCCUGAAGUAAUUUGUUAUUCAUUCCUUAAUUGGAAACAUUUAUAUUUGAUAUGCUUUAAGUUGUAAAUAUAACAUUUCAGUGUUGCAGCUACAAAAAAAUCUUGUAAGUGAUCUUUAUGUAUUACACAGUAUGUGAAGGGCAAAAUAUUCUCACAGUCCUUUUGAAACUCCCAAGUCCUGCUAAUGCAGUGAAGAAUGUAACAUAUUUACAUGCAACAUGCAACAUGAUGUACAGUUUAGCUAAACCAGUGGCAGUUCUGGCUUACUUGGUGACCUAGAUGAGAUCUGACAUGGCGCCUCCCCUUAACAACUGCCCCACCCCAAUAAAUAAAGAAAAUAGCAGACUUCUACAGAUAUUUUAUUCGACAUAUUUGCCCAGCAAUCACAUGGUUGAGAUACAAAUUUUUGCAAGACCAUUGAGGCGAUCGUGUGUCAUGGUGUAGCCUACCUAUACUGUUGAUCAUGGUUAUCUUAGUUGUUGUCAGAAUACAUUAUGAACAUCCAUAGUCUUAACCAUAUAAAACCUUUAAGGCUGAGCAGCCUGUCAGGGCACCUUUCUUUUAUCAUGAUCUUGCGAGCAGAGGGCGAGGUUGGCAUAUUUCGGGGGCCUUUCUCCCAUCUUGCAAGCUCUGUGCAGUGGUUGCUGGGCAGUUUCCAUGUCGUGCCGCCCCAGAAAGCCUUGGCCCUAGGCACCUGCCUAUAUUGCCUAUGCCUAGAUCCGCUACUGAGCUAAACUGUCAAACAUGUUAAAUACAGUGUUACAUUCUUCAUGGCUUCACAUGACUUGGGAGAGUUAAAGGGACUGUGAGAAUGUUUUGACCUUCACAUACUGUGGUUGAUAUGUGCAGCGCACCAUAACAAGUCUUUUGACAGUAUUACUUUUAUUGCAAUUCAAAUGCUUGUAGAAUGUUCAACAAAUCCUUCUCAGGCAAUCAAUAUUAGUCAGCAUAAUCAAAUACAGUGUUAAUGGAUGAACAAAGAGAAAACAAUCAGCAGUCAUAGCAGAGCUUUAUUCCUUAGCAAUGAGUAUCAUUACAUAGCUUAUAACCGAUACCUUAACCAGCACCACUACAUUCCAUACAAUUUAAUCCUUAUGUUCAUUUAUUAUUACAGCUUUAAAAUCGAUCAUUACUUUGAAAUGAGACUUCUGCCACAGUAGUUAAAUAAAAAAUAAUGCAUGAUUGCAGCAUUCAGGAUUAAGUUUUCUUUAAACUUCUAUGGGUAUUUUAGAUAACCACAAUGCAGAAAAUGUUGGUAGCUUUGUUUUGAAUUUGUUUUAUUGUUAAGAUAGCAGAUUGGUUUAUAAACAGGCAUUCCUUUUAACAUGAGGUAGCAUUGAAAAACAAAAUGUUUUACCAUAAUGUAUUGUACUUCUGUUUUUCCUCACAUGUGAUUAUUGUAUGUGUUUUUGUUUGCUUGUUUUUAUUGAUCUUUUUUGCCAACAAUUGAUUAGUUUAUAAAGAUAUCACUGAUGUUGAUAUUUGGUGGAAUUUAGGUGAAAUAUUAUCAGACCUGGGCUGAGGUGAAGGAAAAGGUGUUAUUGACAUGUAACAAUUUAAUGUACGUAACAGUCUCUCCCUUUCGCCUUUCUUUCUUUUUCUCCAUCUCUUGCUGCAUUGAAUGUACAGUAGAUUAAUAUAUGUAUAGUUGACUAUGAGUGUGCAAAAACAUUUGUUCAUUUCAUUAAAAGGUGCAAUUUAUAUUUCUCUUUUAUGUAGCCUACUGAUGUAAUGUGCACCAUACACAAAUGCAACUUGAUGUCAGUUACACAGCAGUAGCCUAUUGUAAUAUUAGUAUAUUAUUUUAAUCACUUUCGUGUUGGCACCAGUGAUUCUUUUUUUAAAGAGUGCAGUAUAUGGUUGAAAAUUGUAGGCUAAUGAUUAUGUAUGCUGUAUUUUUGCAUAUAUUUGAUUUUAUAUUGUCUCACUGUUAAAUGUCAUGCAUACCAGACACAUUUCAUUUCUCUGUAAGCCAUUUGAAUGCGAUUUCAUUCAAGUUUUUGUUAGUGUAUUGUUAUUAUUUCAAAUUUUUUAUUUUUUAUUUUUUUCUUUCCUUCCAAGAUUUAUUUUGGGUUCAUUACAAGUUAAGCUCAAUCAACAGGAUUUGUGUCAGUAGCCUAACAGGCCAAUGACAUGUGGUGCUGGUGCAUCGUGGGUGAAAUGAGUUCAAGUCCUGGCUCGUGAGGUCCUUUCUGAUCCCAUUCCCACUCUUCUCCCUUGUCAUUUCCCAUCUCCUCUCUACUAAUUCUGUCAUUAAAAAGCCUACAAAAGUCCACACAUUUAUAAACAGCAUUUGUGGCAUAAUGCUUUUCUUAAAAAAAGAAAAUCGAGGUUAUCGUGAGGCAUUUCCAGUGGAAGUGAAUGGGGCCAAUUUUUGGAGGGUUUAAAUGCAGAAAUAUGAAGCUUAUAAGUUUAUAAAAGCACUUACAUUUAUUCUUCUGUUAAAACGCAUGUAUUAUUUGAGCUGUAAAGUUGUUUAAUAUCAGGUUUUAGGGUUUGUUGUCAUUACGGCGUCAUGGCAACGAAGUUGUAAAAUUGUCUAUAACUUUUUACAAAAAAGGUUAGUAAGUGAUCACACUAAAAUCACAUUAACAUGCAUAUUGUUUACAUCUUGUGGCUAUACUUUUGAAACUGUGAGUAUUUUAAUGUAAACGGAUUGGCCCUAUUCACUUCCACUGUAAGUGCCUGACUAUUGAUUGUUUUAUUUUUGUUUUUUUUUAAGGAGGGACAAGUACAUUUAUUAUUUUUUGAUUGUUUUAUUUUUUGUGGUAAGCAACAUUAUGUGACAAAUGCUGUUGAGCUUUACUUGUUUUUAACCUGGAAUAUUAAUUUACCAGUGGUGGUGCUGAAUUAAAAAUGUCCUUGUUUUGUUUUAGUUUUUUCUCACUCUCUUUUGCCAAAAUACGUUUAUUACAGAAAAUGUCAGUGCUUUAUUUUCCUAAACUUUGUAAGUUAUGACAAUCCAUGAUUUUCUAAAGCAUAUGUUUGUUCAGUGUUUUACUUGUUUCUUUGUAAUAAUAAUUUUUUCAUCCGCUUAUAUUGAAUAAUAUUAAAAACAGACUAAGAUUCAUGCA